ACUCGACUGGUAUAAUUUCUUAAUAUAUAUUUUUAUACAUAAAAAGUAUACAAUAUAUUAGUUAAUGGAUCGGUAUUCACUACAUGAAGAAGUCUCAUCAGACAUAGAAAAUGGGAAUAAUAAUAGUAGUAAUAAGAAUAAUAAUAAAAGUGCUCAGAAUGUAUCUUCUUCAAUUAUGCGUAAGAAAUCGGAGCCGAUUCUUGUUUCGGGGGGUAGAUUUCAAAUGCUUAGAGAUUUCUUGACCAAUCUGCAACAAGUUCUUCUUGGCACUAAGCUCGCUCUCCUCUUCCCUGCUAUUCCUCUUGCUAUUGUUGCUGAUUCUUAUAGCUUUGGCCGACCAUGGUUAUUUGCUUUGAGCUUGCUUGGACUCACUCCACUGGCAGAACGUGUCAGCUUCCUUACUGAACAGAUUGCAUACUUUACUGGUCCAACAGUUGGAGGACUCCUGAAUGCAACAUGUGGCAAUGCAACAGAACUGAUAAUAGCAAUAUUUGCUCUGUGCCAAAACAAAAUACAUGUUUUGAAGUAUUCUCUGUUGGGUUCAAUUUUGUCAAAUCUGCUUCUUGUUCUUGGGAGCUCUCUACUCUGUGGAGGCUUGGCCAAUAUGAAGAAGCAACAACUAUAUGAUAGAAAACAGGCUGAUGUGAACUCAAUACUUCUGCUAUUGGGACUGCUAUGUCACAUGUUGCCACUGAUGUUCAGAUAUGCUGCAGGAGAAGAAGACAUAGCAAGUAGCCAUUAUAGUACGCUUGAGCUUUCGAGAGCAAGCAGCAUAGUUAUGCUUAUAGCUUAUCUUGCAUAUAUCUUCUUCCAGCUUAAAACUCACAGGCAGUUGUUUGAUACUCAAGACCAGGAAUUAGAAGAAGGAGUAGAGGAAGAAAAAGCAGUGAUAGGAUUUUGGAGUGCAUUUUCUUGGUUGGUUGGAAUGACAUUAAUCAUAGCAUUACUGUCUGAGUAUGUUGUAGGUACAAUUGAGGCUGCAUCAGAAUCUUGGGGAAUUUCUGUCAGCUUUAUUAGCAUUAUCCUCUUACCAAUCGUCGGGAAUGCAGCAGAACAUGCAGGAUCAAUCAUUUUUGCUUACAAAAACAAGUUGGACAUUUCUCUGGGUGUUGCACUCGGAUCAGCGACUCAAAUUUCAAUGUUUGUGGUGCCAUUAUGUGUUGUAAUUGGGUGGAUAAUGCAUGUGGAUAUGGAUCUUGAUUUCAGUCUACUAGAAACUGGUUCUCUGGCUUUCACUAUUAUUAUCACUGCCUUCACUUUACAGGAUGGAACUUCUCAUUAUAUGAAAGGAGUGGUUCUGUUCCUGUGCUACAUUGUAAUAGCAGCUUGCUUUUUUGUUCAUAAAAUCCCUCAGAAUCUGAUUACUGUUGGACAACCAUUCAAUGGAGUCUUUGCUUCUUCUUCUUCUUAGCUGAGUACAGCAGUUAGAUUCAUUUCCUUUUUGGUGUGCGUCUGUAUGAAAGAGAGAACUAUACAGAGUUGAAAAUGACUAAGAAUUUAUGAUGUAAUAAGGUUUUUGUUUUUUCAUAACGUAUUCUAAUUUCAAGCAAUUAUUUAAGAAAGCUGGUCCUGAAUUAUCUGGCA